CAGAUGUUGGCACAUCAUGCAAGCAAUGGCUUUCUCUUGGCUGACGUCGCACGCUUUGUUCUUCUUCACGGAAGUCUUGGUCUACAUCUCUUCGUUAUUUCCAAAGGUAUUGGAUUCAUCGACCGACCUUAUUUACAGACCGCUCAUAAUUCCCGGACGAGUGUCUGUUGUUACUAGAUCGAUUCGUCUAUCAUCAUUCGAAAGACGCACAGUCGCAAUCGACGCAGACGGCAAAAAAUAAAUACAUGGCGCCGCCUGCUCCGUGUCGCUUCCGCCAGUCUACUUCGUUGGGCGUUGCACAGUGGCUCCUUUUCCUUCUGGUGUACUACUGCACACACAGUCUAAGAUGCGGCGUGCUACAUGUUCUUGCGUCAAGUACUGGAGAGCAGCAGAUCCUCCAAAUAAAUCGAAGGCCCGCCGAAAAAUCCUUGCCUUCCCCUGCUUCAUCCAGUUCCACCCCGCCCGCCCUCCCCCCUUACCUGUCCUGGAUUCCGGAUGUGGAGAGUAGCAAGGAGCGUUUUCUCUCCUCGCUCGGGCGCGGCCCCGGGAGCGACAUUUUGCUGUCCGACCCGUUGGUGCACCAAUUGCGGGCAGAAAGCCGAAUCGUCGUGUGCGUUACAACCAUUCCGUCCCGGUUUGACCGCGUCCACCCC